AUGUUAUUUUAUAGAGCACAGAUGAGUAACCAAAAAGAGCCGACUGCAUUUUAUGACCCAAAAACUAUUGACAUCUCCGACCGAACUGAUUUAGCUGAUGAUGAGUACUACGUGGAAAAAGUAGUUAAGAAGCGCAUUGGAAAUAACUAUCAAUUGGAGUAUCUUAUCAAAUGGGUAGAUUAUCCAUCCUCUGCAAAUACCUGGGAAUCCAUCGAAAAUGUAGACAAAUCAGCAGAGUUGAUAAAGGAGUUUGAAGAAGAGAAUCUCAAAAAUGCUAGCACCAAUCGCGCCAGAAAGGCUGUACCGGCAGUUGAAAAUCUUUCAAGGACAAUGAUUGAUGAUCAAAUCAAAGCUCUCAUUGAGUCGCCGGAGGAUAUUCACGAUGUCAUUGGUUUCAUUCCCAGUGCAAGUAGGUUUAUUAUCCUAUGGAAAUCUGGAUACAUCUUGGAGAUGCCAUCUACGUACUUGAAUCGUUUGUCGGCAGAGAAGAAAAAAUUGUUCAUGAACUGUCUCGCUAACUUGCAAGAAGACUAUGUAAAGUACAAUAUGCUGAAAGCAGAUCCUAUUUUAAUGGCAGGCCAAUUGAAAAAGAUGCAAGCCGCCAAAUGUGCCGAUAAAGAGAAGAGAAAAAGCAAAACGGAAGGUGAAAUUAAUAAUUAUCAAAGCCAUUUGGCAGGAAUUAAAAAGUGGCUUGCCGUGGAUACUGAUGAUGAAGAAAUGAGUGAUGAAGAGCUUAGUGAAGAGGAGGAGGAUGAGGAGGAGGAAGAAGAGGAGGACGAGAAAACAAAGAAUAAGAAGAUUUUAAAAGAAAAAUGUGACGAAGAAAAUUCCAGUGAUUCUGAAGAAAGUGAUGAAGAAAGUGACGUUGAAAGCCUAAAAGAUUUUGAAAAUAACAAUGAUCUUGAAGAAGAAGAAACAGAACUUGUAAUAAGAAUAGAAAAGAUAGAACCUGAAAAUAAUAUAGCGGAAAUGGAAAUAGUGGAGGAGGAAAAUAAUGGAACAAAUGAAAUAGGAAUAAAUGAAGAAGAAGUUAAUUUAGAAGAA